AUGACGAUGUUGCCGACGUUAGCAGCUGUGCCGGCAGUGUCAGUGCAACAGCAGCAGCAGCAGCAGCAACAAGAACACUUGCAUAUACAUGAACAACAGCAUCUUGGUGUGGAUCAUCAUCAUCUGCACCACCAGCAGCAACAUCACUAUGCCCAGCUGGAUGGGCAUUAUCAACAGCAAACGGCGACGCCACCACCACCACCACCACAAACAUCUCCGCAGCCACACUACCAUCUGCCGCCAUACCACUAUCACUGGAGCAAGCAGCAAUCACCUCUGCAGCCACCAACAGCACAUCCUCAACCUCAUCAGCCGGAAGAUGCACACUAG